UUUGCAGCCGCGGCUGAGCGGGCGGGCGGGCGGGCGGGCGGCGGGGCUUUCCUCUCCGUGCUCCCCCGGGCACCCCCGCAGCCCGCGGCCCCGAUGCCGAGGCAUGGAUAGAGCGGCGCCGCGCGCGGCGGCGAUGGGGGAGAAGAAGGAGGGCGGGGGCGCGGCGGCCGGCCGGGCGCUGCAGCAGUGCGGCCAGCUCCAGAAGCUCAUCGACAUCUCCAUCGGCAGCCUGCGAGGGCUGCGCACCAAGUGCGCCGUGUCCAACGACCUCACCCAGCAGGAGAUCCGGACCCUGGAGGCCAAGCUGGUCCGUUACAUCUGCAAGCAGCGGCAGUGCAAGCUGAGCGUGGCUCCCAGCGAGAGGACCCCAGAACUCAACAGCUACCCUCGCUUCAGCGACUGGCUCUACACCUUCAACGUGAGGCCAGAGGUGGUGCAGGAGAUCCUCGGCCAGCUGACGCUGGACGCCCUACUGGAGAUGAACGAGUCCAAAGUGAAGGAAACACUGCGGCGCUGCGGGGCCGGCGCUGAGGAGUGUGGCCGCCUGCAGUCGGCUCUCACCUGCCUGAGGAAGGUGACAGGCUUGGGAGGGGAGCAUAGAGAGGACUCCACUUGGAGCGCGUCAGAUGGCCGGCGGGAAAGCGGCUCGGGGCCCCAUGUGGACACCCUCUCCCCGGCCAGCCUGGCCUGGCCUGCGGGGAGCUCCCAUCUGGGCAGACCAGGCGGCGGCGCCCAGGGCCCACGCUCCGUGUCUGUGUCAGCCCUGCCCGUCUCGGACUCCCCACCCCUUGGCCUCGGCGAGGGCGUCUCCGACAGCUGCGUCUCGCUGCACACGAGCGGGCGGCUGACACCCCGCUCCCUGCACCACUUCAUCACGCCCCCGACCACGCCUCAGCUGCGCCGGCACGCCAAGCUCAAGCCACCACGGACGCCGCCGCCCCCCAGCCGCAAGGUCUUCCAGCUGCUGCCCGGCUUCCCCACGCUCACCCGGAGCAAGUCCCACGAGUCGCAGCUGGGCAACCGCAUCGACGAGGUCUCCCCCAUGAGGUUUGGUGAGUGUGAUUCCUUCUCAGCCCUCUGCCACCACGAGGCGUGUUUGCAUGGCCGUCCCUGUCGGCGAGGAGUCCCGUCACCCUCUCAGUCCUCCCGGCCUGCCCCAGGCUGCCAGCCGAGGUGCCAGAGGGCCUGGAGCAGCUCUGGGACAGGUGGCUGUAAGACAACAGAUCUCCCGCAGGGAUCCCCACAGAUGGUACGAAGGGACAUUGGACUGUCAGUGACGCACAGGUUCUCCACCAAGUCCUGGCUAUCCCAGGUCUGCCACGUGUGCCAGAAGAGCAUGAUGUUUGGAGUGAAGUGCAAGCACUGCAGGUUGAAAUGUCACAACAAGUGUACAAAAGAAGCCCCUGCCUGCCGAAUCUCCUUCCUGCCACUCCCUAAGCUUCGGAGGACAGAGUCUGUGCCCUCGGACAUCAACAACCCUGUGGACCGACAAGCAGAACCCCACUUCGGAACUCUCCCCAAAGCACUGACUAAGAAGGAGCACCCGCCGACCACCAACCACCUGGACUCCAGCAGCAACCCGUCCUCCACGACGUCCUCCACGCCCUCCUCCCCCGCGCCCUUCCCGACCCUGUCUAACCCCUACGGCGCCUCCACACCCCCCAACCCCUCACCGGGCCAGAGGGGCAGCCACUUCAACUUCCCAGCUGCCUCCUUCAUUCAUCAUAGACAACAGUUUAUCUUCCCAGACAUUUCUGCGUUCCCACCAGCGGCCCCAUGCCCUGACGCAGUGGCGGACAGCACCCGGCCCGACAGCCAGAUGCAGGCCGACAUGUUGGAGGACCAGGAUGUGGAGCCUGACGAGGAGCCCGAGAUGGGCAAGUCGGAGGCUGAGGAUGACGAGGACGAGGUGGACGACCUGCCCAGCUCCCGGCGAGCCUGGCGCGGCCCCAUCUCCCGCAAGGCCAGCCAGACCAGCGUGUACCUGCAGGAGUGGGACAUUCCCUUCGAGCAGGUGGAGCUGGGUGAGCCCAUUGGGCAGGGCCGCUGGGGCCGGGUGCACCGCGGCCGCUGGCACGGCGAGGUGGCCAUCCGCCUGCUGGAGAUGGACGGCCACAACCAGGACCACUUGAAGCUGUUCAAGAAGGAGGUGAUGAACUACCGGCAGACGCGGCACGAGAACGUGGUGCUCUUCAUGGGUGCCUGCAUGAAUCCACCGCACCUGGCUAUCAUCACCAGCUUCUGCAAGGGGCGGACUUUGCACUCAUUCGUGAGGGACCCCAAGACGUCUCUGGACAUCAACAAGACCCGGCAGAUCGCCCAGGAGAUCAUCAAGGGUAUGGGUUACCUGCACGCCAAGGGCAUCGUGCACAAGGACCUCAAGUCCAAGAACGUCUUCUACGACAAUGGCAAAGUGGUCAUCACAGACUUCGGGCUGUUCGGGAUGUCGGGUGUGGUUCGUGAGGGCCGGCGAGAGAACCAGCUGAAGCUGUCCCACGACUGGCUGUGCUACCUGGCCCCCGAGAUUGUGCGGGAGAUGACCCCUGGGAAGGACGAGGACCAGCUGCCCUUCUCCAAAGCUGCUGACGUUUAUGCAUUUGGGACCGUUUGGUAUGAGCUGCAGGCGAGAGACUGGCCUUUCAAGGUCCAGCCGGCAGAGGCCCUGAUCUGGCAGAUUGGAAGCGGCGAGGGAAUGAAGCGCGUGCUGGCCUCCGUCAGCCUGGGAAAGGAAGUCACCGAGAUCCUGUCUGCCUGCUGGGCGUUUGAGCUGCAGGAGCGGCCCAGCUUCACCAUGCUCAUGGACAUGCUGGAGAAGCUGCCCAAGCUGAACCGGCGACUGUCCCACCCAGGCCACUUCUGGAAGUCUGCUGAUCGUUGGCGGAGCCGCUACUACGGGAAAGGACGCCCUGGCCACCCCGACUUUAAGAACACCCGCCCUGUUCUGGAAGAAUACAUGAGCAGCAGCAAGGUGGCGCCCCGCUUUGAAAGGUUUGGCCUGGGUAUCCUGGAGUCCGCCAACCCAAAGAUGUAGCCAGCCGGGCAGUGCCACUUCCAGCUCCUAUUCCCCCUAACUGUAUUUGUAAAACACCCA